GAAUAUGCUACCGUAUCUUCCGCGGUGCGCUUAAGUGUGUUGCCAAAGUAAUGAUUGAUUCGUUUUUCGAUGAUUCCUCAAUAAAAAAUGAACUUAACAAUGACUUUUCUACCAACUGUUACUCCAAUGUUGAUCUCCAGUCUGAUUUUUCACUCGAUAAUGUGGAAAUAUACCCAGAAAUACCUAAUAAUGAUUCUUAUGGUGCUCUAUUUUUGAUGGACUCUGCGGACCUUUUAGAUGUACGUGAAGAAGUUAUUGGUGAAGAACAUUUCGCGUCAAAUCUUGAUCAACCACCAUACAUGGAAGGACUUUCAAGGAGGUUUGGACCAUUCUCUGCCAAGAGUUCACGAAUCAGUACCAGUCAUAAAGAUAAAGGUAAUAAGGAACACGAUGUUUUCCAUGAUAAAAAUUCUUUUUCCAAUGAACAGAAACAUAGUAAAUGUCCGUGGAAUGAUGGAUCUGAAGAGAUAACUGAUAAAGCCUAUUUAUGUAACCCCGAUAGUCCAUUAUCGAUCCCUAAUGACAUCGGAGUAACUUCAUCAGAUAGUAUAGAUGAAGUGUUUGACAAAAAUCAUGUAACCAGUCACGAUAUCAUUGAUGGUGAUGAUGUUUCUUUGGAGAGGCUUUCCGAUCUUCAUAUUCCAUUACCAUUAUUUCACACUGAAUCUAAUUAUUCAGAUUCUUCACAGAUAAAUCCUUCCGAUUCAGAAGUGGAUGCAUGCAGUUUGUUUUCGUCAAAUAACUGUGCUACAAAUCAAUCUGAUGAUUAUGUCCAAAUAAAACAGCUUAGAUCGACUGACUCAUCUAAUUCAAACUCAAAUGAAUCUUCAGCUAAAAUCCCUACCUCGGUACCUGUAUCGUCAUUAUCUUCUGCAAAAAGAACUGAAAUAAUACGACUACCAUCUCAUGUUAACCAUCUAACCACAACAGUUAACCCGAACUAUCCAUCUAGGCCAAUAUCAGCUUGUCUUUCUUUGAAGUCGAAAUAUCGCCGUUGUGGACAAAUAACACUGAAAUCAGGUGCAUCCAUCCUUCGUACGAAAAGUUCAUUUAAUGAAUUAAAGCCAUGUUUUAAACCAACAUUCACUUCUACACGUUUUGCUCAUUGCGGGUUUCUAGCUGCUUCUCGUUUUUCCGGAUCAAUAAAAGAAUCAGCAGGUAGUUCAACUUGGUUUCCGAAAGUUGCAUUCGUUAACUCUAAUACACCACUCACUCUUAGAAAACCAGCUAUUGUGAUUGCCUCAUCAUAUCCCAAUUCUAGAUCAGAUGCCACAUAUCUGAAAAGUGAAGGAAUAAAUUUUAUGACACAUUCUUCCGUUAUGCAAUCAACAGAUUUACAAUCUUCUCUUUUAUACAGUCAAAAUGGAUUUUAUAUUUCUACAAUGCAUCAUAAUUCAUUAGGAGGCAAUAAUCCCGGUGAUUUAGCAUCAGUUGUAACCGCUACAAUCCCAUCUGAUUUCACAUCAAAUCGUACUGUAUUCUGUCCUCAUCUUGGUUGUGGGAAAACAUUUCGAGAUACAGCUGCAAUGCGUAAACAUUUACAUACCCAUGGUCCACGCGUUCAUAUCUGUGCAGAAUGUGGUAAAGCGUUUGUUGAAUCAAGCAAAUUGAAACGUCAUCAACUUGUUCAUACUGGGGAAAAGCCUUAUCAAUGCGCAUUUGAUGGUUGUGGUAAACGUUUUUCUUUGGAUUUCAAUCUACGUACUCAUUUACGUAUUCAUACUGGGGAUCGACCGUAUCCGUGUCCACAGCCUGGUUGUAGUAAACGUUUUGCUCAGUCGACAAAUUUAAAAUCACAUUUAGCAACACAUAGUAAAAUUCGAGCUACUCAUCAAUCAAGUUUUAUGAAUAGACAUCAUUUAAAUUCUACUGUGAAUGGUAGUGGUGGUGGUGGUUCAGUUCUGCUACGCCCUGCUGCUGCUCAUCCUAAUCAUACACAUGAUCAACCUAUUCCAAUUUCAUUAACUAGUUCUAUUUUACAAUCUCCAAUGAAUUUUUCCACUAUAAUUCCCAUAGGAUCUAAAGAUAUAAACGUUCGUAAUCGAUGUAUCAAUAGAUUCAAGUCAAAUUUAAGUUCUUUAUUUCAAGAGGUUCAUUUAGAUAACUCUCGAUUACAUAAUUCAUCACUACUGAAUGUUAAUAAUACUUUGUCUAUCCCUACAUCAAGUCCAGAUCAGUGCGAACCAACAGAUAUCAGCCCACUAUCUCCAUUGGAUCUGACUUCUUCCUCGACAGAAUCCAACAGUUCUACAUUGUCAUCUCAAAGUGCCACAACUCACAUAAAGCACAACAUUUCAUCUUCUAGAUCGGUGAUUUCAAAAGCACAACUAUCCACUAAUACAAUCGAAAGUCAAUUAACUGAUUUCACCAAUUCCACUACUACCAAUGAUGCUGUGCGAUUGUUUGAAAAUCAUUCUUUAGAAUGUUCUAUAAGUUUAGACCAUGAAAAAAUUGAUCUCAAUGUUGGGGUUACACAACCUAUGAUUAAUAAAACUGAUGAAGAUUUUUCUAAUAAUUCACAUGUGAAUAUUGAUGACAUUUAUUACCAGUCAUCUUUUAUCAAAACUGAAUCGGAUAUUACUGUUAAUAAUUCAAUCCCACCAGUACAAAAUUGUCAAACAACAAGACGCUCAAGAAAAUGUUUAAGUAUAACUAAACGGUCUGAAUCGCCUACUUUUGAAGAUUUUCUAAAAACUCAAGAUGAUAUAAAUUUUACUGACGAGGAUACUUUAAAAAAUCAUCAUUUUUACCUUGAUAGUGGUAAUGAUCAUUCAUCGUCUAACAAUAAAACACCAUCAUUGAAAUCAUCAUAUCGGCGUCGUCGUCGACGACAUUGUAAAUCAAAAUCAGAUAGUAAUAAAUAUAUCUGUAAAGCAUCAUCCUCACAUCCUAAUAGUAAUGUGCUCAUUACAUCAUCACAUUAUGGUACUCGUUCGAAAUCUCGUGAAUCCUUUGAUAAAAUAUUACCUAAUCAUCAACGCGGUCGUCGUCGUUGUACAUUAAAAACAUGUGCCAAACGCCGUUUUCGUCCGUAAAAUAUAGAUUUGUUUUGAUGGACGGAUUCUACCUCUUUCCUGUUCUCUCAUCAUCGCAAAAGUAAACACACAGGCCCCAAUAUAUAUAUUUGUGAUGUUAAUGUUUCUAUGAUCUGUAUCUCUAUGUUCAUCAUUGUUCAUAUUUAGUCAUUUUAUCACCACUACCUUUAUCGUGACGCAUACAUUUCUCAAAAUAUUAGUAGUUCCAUGUUACAUCGCUCAAAUUAUUAUCAAAACUAUUGAUUUAUUCUACUCAUACGCAUAUAUGUUUUGAGGAAUGUUUCUUUCGGGGUUUUUUCUCCUUCUAGAACGUCUUUUAUUUAAAGUUAUUCCCAUGACAUUUCCAUAAAUAUACACAUAAAUUGAAAUUUGUAAUAUUAACGUAUGUAAACAAUUCAUUGAUUUUUUCCUAUAAAAUUACCAUUCCUGUUAAUUUUGCCUUCAUGCCGAUAUGUUUAUGAGUUUUUCUCUUAAUUAUCAUUUUGUAAACCAUUACACUCUACUGGGAUCUCUAAAGGCGGCAAACAGAUUCACUAUAUAUUAUAUAAGUGAAUUCAUUAUAUGUGUAUUAAAAUAUCAAUAACUUCUGCAUGUUGUUUGCAUUUAUUCAAUUACAUAAUGUGCAAUACUCACUUUAUCAAUGCAUUUUAUUCUGAUUAACUACUACUAAUUAACAGAAUAUACAAUGUGCAAUAUAAAAAGCAACAUGACAAAAGUAACUGUUUAGCAUAGAACAGCUGACUUUUUUUUCAAAAAAAUUGUUUUAUCCCCCACCCCAUUUAUUCCUUUAAAUAUUCCUGUGCAAUCAUAUUUAAUAUUCAUUUAUUGAUCGUUUCUUUUUUUUUUGCCUAAAAAUUGUUUUUUUUCGUUCUAUGUUUCAUUAAUAAAAUCAACCAACAACAAAAAUCAAGAAAAAUUCUUAUCAAAUAUCUUGUAUACUUCCUAGUCGAUCUUUCACUAAUAUGCAUAUAUAUAUGUAUACUUUUAUGGAUGUCAUAAUGGGUUUUAUUGUGGAUAUUAUUGUAAUUUCAAUAGUUAAGAUCAUGAGUCAAUUAAAGGUAGAUCACUAUGGAAAACUUGCUGUCUAGUGCUUCCAGGUUUUCCAUGAUGGUCUAACUUCAAUUGACUCAUGAUAUCAACUUAUGAAUGUAUUCAAUCAAGUUCAUGAUUUCUUGUUUUAUUCUAUUCUUUGUUGAUGCUGUUGUUUGUUGUUGUUUUUUUAAGACGUAUACUCUAGUCAUAUCUCUAUAAAUUAUCCACGUAUAUAAUUUCAAUAGAAAAUGGUAUAACUAGUGAAAUAUAUUCUUUUCUUUUGCUAACAGCGGACACAUCUAUAUAUUAAGAAUAAAAAUUUUGUUUUCUGAUUCUUAGAACAAUCAGUUGUAAUUUAUUCUCCUUAAUCAAUAUUAAAAGUUACUGUAUUUCGAGAUGUUUGUUAUUGUUGUUAAAGAUAAUAAUAAUAGUAUUCUUGCGUUAGUAGUGUGUGUAUCUAUGGUGAAUUUCUUCUAAUCUUUCCUUAUUUCCCUGCGUUUGUCUGUCUGUCUAUCUAUGUACGCGUACACUCUUAACAUGACAGUGUGUAUACCUCAUCACAUUCAUAUGUCUAUUAUAUGUCUAUCCUACAUACUCGUCCAUUAUAACUAUUAUAUCUGCAUUUAUUUAUUUCUUUUUUUUAAAAAAAUGUUUAUUUACUGUUACGAUCUAUCGUUGUUUUGUUUGUUUUUUCAAUGUUUCUCAUCUCAAAGAUAUUUUCUUCAUUGUUAUCGAUCUGUUUUCCUAGUAUAAAAAAUCACGAUAUUUUCCGAUUUUUUUUUGUUUGCCUCUAAAUUUUUUUCCUGCGGGUUAUAGCCUGGUUCUUUCUGUUUUGUUUGUCUUCUUGUUUGGUCAGGAUGUUGUUGUUGUGAUCAUGAAUUUAGAAAGUAUGGAAUUGUAUGUGUGUAAUUCAAAGGAACUCGAUCGAUUUAUCUUUCCAAUGUUUUUAAGGAAGUUUUUUUUAAAAAUUUUUCUCUGUAUCCAUGCAUUGAUACGUGUACUUGUAUUUGUUUAUUGUACUCAAAUAUUAUUACUUAAAUGAUAAUAUUCAAUUAUAUUCAGGUUUUGUUCCUUUCUUUCUUUUCGAUUAUUAUUUACUUAUCUAUUUAUCUUAUCUAAUUAUCUGUAUUCAUUGAAUAAUAUAUGAACUUUAUAUUUAUUUAUGUAUUUCUAACAGGAAGGUUGACUACUGACUCCGUUGUUUUUUUUAAUCAAACAAAAGAAACGCUUAUAUAAUUUAAAAUCGCGCAUUUUUUGUCUAAAUUGAAUGUAUUGUUUGUUAAAUUAGAUAACUUACUUAAGUC